UGUUUAUGUAUGUUGCGCGGUGGGUUAUGGGUGUGAGCAGAGAAGUAAAAUGGCGGAAUUGGCAAACGAAGAGAAGCCUGCCAUAGUGCCACCAGUGUUUCUGUUCCAAAAAGAUAAAGCACAGAAGAGAUCAGCUGAUGGCUCGAGUGCAGAAGAUGAAGGUUCAGACAAAGAGGAUGGUGGCUACUUUCCUCCAGUAAAAAGAGAGAGGACUUCAUCUUUAACACAGUUCCCACCUUCACAUUCUGGGUCUAGUAAGAACAAUGUCUUCAUGCCCUCAAGUUUCUGCCAGUCUCCAACUGGGAAUUCCGAGGACUCAGAACCAGAUGAGAAGCCUGUAGGGUUUCGUUUAAAACCACCUACUCUCAUCCACGGCCAGGCGCCUAGUUCAGAUUGUCUUCCAGGCGUCCCCAGUCAGAAACCCAAGGAGCAGCAGCGCAGUGUGCUCCGGCCAGCCUUGCUCCAGGCCCCACCAGUCAAGUCCAAAUCAGAGUCCACUAACGGGGUGAAGAAGUUUUCCGAUGGAACGUCAGAAGGGUCGAGCAUCUUCCAGAACAACACUGAGCACUCAGACGGCCUCGCUAAGUCACCGAAACAUGAAAGGGAGGAUGGAGCAAGCAGAGAGAAGAAUGAUUGUUCUGCAGAGUCCUCAUUCGUGUUUGGGCAAAAUAUCAAAGACCGAGCAAAGUUGGACCAGAAUAGUAAAGAUGGCAAGUUGUUACCCCUGGAUUCUCAGGAGGGAACAAACUAUUUCUUACAAUACAUCGCCACCCCCAGUUCAAAGAACGCCAUACACAAUAAAGACAAGGGGGCCAAAUUUGUCUUUGGACAGAACAUGUCAGAGAGAGUCCUAAGCCCUUCCAAGGGAGGGGAGGCAUCAGUGGAAGACUGUAAAGUCUUACCAGCUCCCGCUGUGUCUGAAUCCUCUUCCAAGGAAAACAUACCAGAGAAGGUUAAUUUGUUACGUGUGUGUGUGUGUAACAACGUGACAGAGUCACUGGAGGAAUCUGCAGCAGCGUACACCAAAGCCACAGCCAAGAAGUGCAUCUUGGAGAAGGUAGACGUCAAAACUGGAGAAGAAUCAGAAAGUAACGUUUUGCAGGUCCAGUGCAAGUUGUUUGUGUUUGACAAGACAGCCCAGACGUGGAUAGAGCGGGGUCGAGGUCUGCUCAGGCUUAAUGACAUGGCAUCCACAGACGACGGAUCACUACAAUCACGUCUAGUGAUGCGGACCCAAGGCAGCCUUAGAUUGAUCCUGAACACCAAACUGUGGCCUCAGAUGCAAGUGGACAAGGCCAGCGAAAAGAGUGUCCGUGUCACCGCCAUGGACACAGAAGACCAAGGGGUUAAGGUCUUCCUAAUAUCGGCUAGUUCUAGGGAGGACACAGGUCAGCUGGCCGCAGCCCUGCACCAUCGUAUCCUGGCCCUGAAGAGCCGGGCGGACCAGGAGCCCCAGGAGGCCCCGGCUGCAGACUGUGCCCCUGAGGCUGACUUGCCCCACUCUGAAGGGGACAGCGAUGAGGAAGAUCAGGUCAACAAUGCUGCAGUUAACUCAGAGGGAGGAGAGGCCCAGGCUGCUGGAAGUACAUAGCGUUAGUCCCCCUAAAGGAUUGCCUGCCAGGAUACUGCUACUGCUGUUUUGGCAUUUUAUUGAGGGCAUCCCAACGGACAUCCUACCCUGACCAACAUGAGUCCUUCUGUAUACUCAGAAGUCUAGCUCCAGUUAUUUUUUUCUUUACAUUCAAUCAACAUAAAAACAUCUGGAGUUGUAUUUUUUAUUGUUAUAUUUUAUUUUUAUCUUUUGUUUUCUCAACUGCAAAAAUAAAUACUUAUUUUUGCAGCUGAGACAAAAACAAAUUGGGGAUUUGGCUGCUCAUCAUAUUGAUGAGUGUGGGGGUGUUUUCCUCUCCAACAUUUUAAGGUAUGGCACAUGUUUAAGACUGCAGUUUCUACCUUGGGACUUUUUUACUCACCAGACCACCACCACACCUCUGGGACCCAACCAACCACCCCAGGCUCCAGAGGAACUCCUGUCUGUCACCGUAUACUGACCUGUCUUAUGGUCAGUCAUUUGACUGGUUUCUACGUCAUCCCCAUCCAUUCAGCUUUCACAUGGGGGCUGAUUCCGACCUGAGUUAAGCGGGCGUAAAUGGAACCUAAUUCCCUUUUUAUGCACUUCUUUCUGACCUUGAACUUAAUCCACUAAUAAUUCCACCACCUUUACGUGUGAGGAAACCAUGAAUAUGGCAGAAAACUGAAGUAUAUAAAAAUGUCCCACAGUAAAGUUUAUGAAAUGCUGUGUCGUUAUGCAGAAUUUAAUUUGUAAGGCAUUUUAACUUGCAGGGAUGGGCACUCUCAAAAGUCUUAAUUUUAGGCUACCCCCAACUUUCUCCGUUUCCUAUUUCUAUCAUGUUAAAUAUUAGCCACUAUCAGUAUCGACGGUCAGUAGGCCUAAUAACCACACUUAUACCAUGGCGUUGUUAAGUACUAGUUUCUGAAGGGGAUUCUAGAGCGUGCGUUAUAGGGAAAUAAAGCACGGUAUAUCAGCACGGUAGAAUUCAAUGGCUAUAGUUCAUCCUUACAUGUUCUGUGUUUGAGCUGCAUUGAAAGCCAAAGUCGAAUUGAAAACACUGGCAUUGUUGAAUUAGAUUUUCAUAAUCGCAAACUAGGUCUGAUGGUUUGGUUAGCUAAUCUAGCAAGUCUGUUUUGUUAUCUAGUAAAGUUCCUAGCUACCUUAGUGGAUGUUAAACACAUUUAUAGAGGCAAAUGUGUUAAAUUAUUGGCAUGGUAUAAAAGGGAUCAUCUACUCGGGGCUCUGCUUUCUCUGGAAAAUAAUGCAACUCGUAGAAGGUAAAUUCCACUCUAGUGCGUCGUGGGACACACCUUUCACGUCGUUCAUUAUUUUCCAUAGAACGCAUAGCCGUCGUUGAUUAUCCCUUAAAUAUUUGUUCUGCCAAUUUACUGUUCCCUUUAUCAUUUCAUUUAAUUACAUUGUUUUAUUUACCUUGAUUUGCUUCCUUUGUAAAUACAGUCAUGGCUAUGUG